AUGGCUGAGGAGGCAAGCAGGCCUCUGCUGGAUGAGGAACCACAAGCUCCCUCCACACCUCGGUCCUCAACAUCUAUCGGCAAGACUGCCUAUCGCCCGGAUUCAGAGCCUCAUCCAUAUGAACUAUCUUCCGAAUCGACUCCUCUCCUCGUCCGUCGAGAUGAUGAUCUACUGGGAUACGGCGGGACCGCUCCCAGACGACCUUCUUCCGAACAUACUCGAGCCCUUUCCCCCGAUGGGACCCUGAAGAAACGAAGAGGAAGCAUACGGUGGCCGGUGUUCUGCGCUCUCCUUUCAGUGGCUGCUGUGGUCGUGAUUCUCGUCUUCGCCUUUAUCGCCCCAGCUGCCGUGAAGGAGUAUGCCAAGGAAGCGGUGGUAUUCACGCCCACCAAUGUCUCAAUUGAGUCAGCAACUGUGGAUGGCCUUCAAGCUCGGAUCCAAGGAGAGUUGGUACUCGAUGCGCGCCGUAUUAAGAAAAGACCCGUGCGAGACAUUGGUCGUUUUGUCACCUGGAUUGGAAGGGAAGUCGAGACCGGCCAGUCAGAAGUCGAAGUAAUGCUUCCAGAGUAUGGCAACAUCCUCGUUGGCACAGCAUCAUUGCCUGCUAUCAAAGUAAACGUGCAGAAUGGUCACGUAAACCAUGUCAAUUUCCUGGCAGAGCUGGUCCCCGGGGAAAUUCAAGGCAUCCGCUCCGUGGCGUUGGACUGGUUAGAUGGAAGACUGGAGCAUCUCACCGUUACGGGGAGAACAGUGGUGGACCUCAAAUCGGGUUUGCUGACCCUGGGCCAGCAAUUUUUCUCUGAUUCUAUGACUUUCACUGAGGACGAUUUUCCUGCCAUACCCACAGUCAACAUCACCAACUUCAACGUCCACGAUCCAGAAGACGCUGGUCACCAAGGCGCCAUGGCGGUUGAUGCCUCAGUUGUGGUUCAGUUCGAUUCGCCGUUUAGCCUGAGUAUCCCUCCCCUCGGAUUCGAGAUCCUGGUCCCCAAUUGCUCUCCAGGGGACCCGCAGAUUUUGGUAGCUGCUGCCACGACCCAAGAGUUCCCAGUUACUCCUGGCCAGCCAACAUUAGUUGACGUCGCCGGAAUUGUUAGGGGUCUCUCUGACGACUUGACUCGAGUAUGUCCGGGGGAGAAAAGCUCUCCUCUCGAUUUCCUAGUCAAGAGUUAUAUGCAGGGACUUGGAACCACCGUUUAUGUUCGUGGGGCUGACGCACCAUCUCUAGCGACCCCUGACUGGGUCGUGGAUAUUCUCAAAAGCGUGACAGUUCCGUUGAGCUUUACUGGGCAUGCCCUUGACAACCUUAUCAGAAACUUCACAAUGUCGGAUGUGCACUUUUCCCUACCUGAUCCAUUUGCAGAACCCGAUUCUCCUGACUCGCAGCCAACAGUGUCCGCACUGGUCAAGGUGCUCAUUGGGCUGCCAAAAGAACUGGGCCUGCAGUUGGAUGUUCCCAGGGUCCGCGCUACUGCUGAUGUGUAUUACAGGGGCAGUAAGCUUGGAAUCCUGGAUUUGCACAAAUGGCAGCCGGCCAACUCAACCUUGUUAGACGACGUUGAUGGCUCGCCAGCGUUGUAUAUCGACUUUGGUAUCAAGAAAGCGCCGCUUGAGGUGACCGAUGAGGACGUCUUGACCGAUGUUCUUCAAGCCUUGAUCUUCCAAGGAGAAAGGAUCAAGCUUGACGUCGCCGCCAGUGUAGAUGCGGAGGUCACCACGGGGCUGGGCACUUUUACCGUCCGUGAGAUACCAGCCCAGGGGGAAGUUGUGGUGAAGCCUCCCUAUGGUGGCUCCUUGGACCAGUUGAGUCCGCAUAUUGAGUCGGUGGAGCUGGGAACUACUACCGCCUCGUCUCUCCUUGUCAAGGCCCGGGUCAAUGCCACCAAUCCUACGCCGUAUUCAGCAUCGGUGCCUUUGGUCGAUUUCAUGCUGCUCUUCAAUGGUUCCAAAGUGGCGCAUAUAACUGCGAAAGACAUCAAUAUCGUGCCAGGUGUCAAUGACGGCAUCCCGGUGGACCUCCUCUGGAGCCCACUUGCUCUAGAUGGUUCGACUGGGGUCACUGCUGGUCGCAAGUUACUCUCCGACUAUAUCUCAGGGUACAACACUACUGUCACAAUUCAGACCCAUGAAGGGACCAUCCCAGGGCUGCCUAAACUUGGGAAAGCACUGUCCAGGCUCCCGCUCGAGGUCCAGAUUCCUCGGGUGCCCGUUCCCCGAGCCCCCGGUACCGGGGACGACCCUGAUCAUGGUUCGACGGGAUUUAUUCAAGGCGCUACGAUGCACCUCUGGUCAUCAACGGCCGAAUUUACAUUAUCCUCACCAUUCCCCAAUACCACCAUUCACAUCACCUCAGUAUACGCGCAAGCCUACUACGAAGGUGACGAGGAGGUCGGCACCAUCGACUACCGGGUCCCAUUCGCAGUACCCCCCGGCAUCUCAGUCACUCCCCGACUGCCCGUCGACCUAAACCUCGGCGGCAUUGGCUACGAUGCCUUGAAGAAAGCCCUCGGAGGGACUCUCGGAUUGGACGCCGUGGCGCAAGUUGGCGUUCAGAUCCAACACUAUAGGGAUGUAGUGUUCUAUCAUGGCAAGGGGAUCACGGCCCGAGUCAAACUCUAG